AAUCUUCUCACCAGGUUUAAGCAUCAGCACCAUUGUGAUUUAAUCCUACUCACAUUUAUAUACAUUUCUAAAAGUUGGGCAGGUUAUUUUUUAACUGAAGUGAUCUGAUCCACAGCAAUGGCUACAAUAAUGAGUGCAUACUCAUGGACAGAGAGUUUGGACUCUCCUGCUGGGGAAGGAAAGCCUAGGGCAGGGCUUACAGCUCACGAAUCUUCAGGCAGGAACAAAGCUGCACCACGAAUCCGGAGACCCAUGAAUGCCUUUAUGGUCUGGGCUAAGGACGAGAGGAAAAAUCUAGCAAUCCAAAACCCUGACCUACACAAUGCAGAGCUCAGCAAAAUGCUGGGUAAAUCAUGGAAAGCUCUCACUCCUUCACAGAAGAGGCCUUUUGUAGAAGAAGCUGAAAGAUUACGAGUCCAGCAUAUGCAGGAUCAUCCCAAUUACAAAUACAGGCCUCGGAGGAAAAAGCAGAUCAAACGUCUCUGCAAACGUCUAGAUCCAAGCUUCCUACUCACCAGCUUCCCCCAUGAUCAGCCUCCUGUCCGCAGUGGAAGAAUGUGCAGGGGACCUCUGGAGGAGGAAGAGGAUAAAGGCUAUCCACCAGCCUCAAGACUUCCUGCAAUCAGCAGAUUCAGAGAAACACAGACAACAAACAACAGCUUUGACAACUAUGGACUACCCACUCCUGAGAUGUCCCCUUUAGAUGUGAUUGAUGCUGAUCACAGUUUCUUUCCACCUCAGUGUACAGAAGAUUCUCCUUCUCAGCUGAAUGGGGUAAUGUAUCAUUCAAACUACAGGCGAAGCCCUAUCCAAUGUGGACAUCUCAGUCAGAUUUCAAUUCCACAGAACAGAUCUACCAUGAUGCACUCUGCAGCCAGCCAACCUCCACCACCUCCUUAUUACAACCAGAUCCAGCAACCGGCUCCCCAGUCCAUGAAUAUGAGUACAUCAGUUCAUCUUUCUCCUCCCCAUGACCACCAUCACCUAGAUAAUCUGGAACAUAUCACCCAAGCUGAGCUUUUAGGAGAAGUGGACCGCAAUGAGUUUGAUCAAUACUUGAAUACCUCUAGUCAUCUAAAUCAAGCAGGAAUGAUAAUUAAUUCACAUCUACAUGAUAUUUGUUCACCACGAGGCACAAAUUCAGACAGAAGCCUUAUAUCUGUAUUAGCAGAUGCUACUGCAGCCUAUUACAAUAGCUACAGUAGCUCCUAGAGCAAACAAAUAGACUUGUACUUUUCUGAGUAACAACGGUAUUAUUUACAAAGGUAUUUGUGCAAGGAAAUAUCCUCAGGGCAGUAAAAUAGUCACACUUGUCACAAAUGACAGUCCACAAAACUACUUAUGUAGAUAAAUUCUUAUGACACUUACAAAAUCAAACAACUACCUGGCUUGCCAAUUCUUGUGUCACCACUUCAAAAAAACUGUAGUCUUUUUAUUCUUGUAAAUAGGUUAAACCGUAUUUAAGAAGUGAUUUAUAGACGAUGGAUUUUUAAAAACCUUUACAUAUACUUUCUGAAUUAUUUCAUAAAUAUUGACCUUCGUCAUUAGUCGUUAUUUUGAUUGUUUUAUUGCAUCUUAAGCAAACACAGAAAUGUAAUCGCACCUGAUAAAAGGUGUACGUCUAUGAUUCUCUAUAAAUCAGUCUCAGAAGCUGCAUAUUUCACAGUCAUGCAGUCUCACAAUGUCAGUAUUUACAAAUAUCAACAAUGCUGGGAAAAAAAGAAUUCCCACAUUGUCAUUAAAAAAAAUUCACCUUCCUUCACUCCCUUACUACCUACGGUACAUGACUGCAGUGGUUUUAGGAGGCUGCUCACCACCUUCUUCUCAACGCCAACUCGAGAUGGUCAAUAAAUGCACCCACAAUCCGACAUGAUUAAAAAAAAAAGGCUGAUCUGACCUGUCUGUCACUAAAAAAAACAUAUUUGUUUAAAAUUGGCGUAUAAUAAACAUUAUAAAUUCUUAUUGUUGGCUGUUGAAACCAAACUUGGCAGCCAUAAAAAUUUUAGAUCAUAUAAAGUGCAUUUAUGUUUAAUAGAAGUAAAAGCACUAUUUUUGCAUAGACCUAACAUGGCAUUUCUAAUAUCCAACACCAAUAUGGUUGACCCUCAAUUGUCCUCUGGAGAAUCAGGAAUGGGCAAUAAAUUCAGGCCCUAGCUAGCGACAUCCCUAUCCCUUGAAUGAAUACAAAAAGGACAAACCAUCAUAAUUAGGAACUUUAAAUUGCCUGAAAGAAGUUGGAUACUUUGAAAACUCACCAACUAUUUAUUAUACCAAGAAAUUAAAAACUUUGUAUUGUAUAGAUAAUAAAAGACUGUUGUUAAACAAAUUUUAAGAAGCUCUAAUGGAAGUUAUUUGCAUCUGGUUACUCAGAAAAUGUGCUAAUCUAUAUAUGGUGUAGGUGAGAGUGAUUAGUAUUUGGAAAUAUUUGGAAACAAUGUAGGCUAUGCACUUUAUUAACAGUUUUAUUUGUCAAUUGUAUCGAUUUAUUAAGAAUAUGUCCAAGCAUAAUUAAAAUAAAAUGUUUUUAUAACACACUUGUUUGAAAUCAUCCUAACAUUUAGAUCCUUUGUCAUUACAUUAUAACAGCAGUUACACUUCAGAAGUACUUCAAUGUCUGUAAAGUACAGUGAACAGUCCAGUGGUCAUGAAAAGCAUGAUAUCAAUAUAGGGUUUUAUUUGUUUCUUUAACAACUAUCUGUGCUCAAUUAUUCUUUACUACGUGCUAUCUUCAAUUAUCAGAAAGUCUUUGUAAUCCAUUCAGUUUGGUAAGAAGACCUUGUUUUGAUACAAUAAUUGAUCAGCAGUAAUUUUGUUCUUAAACUACAUCAUGUCUGAUUGGCAACAGAUUUUUUUUCCUGUUUUUGUAAAUGUCUGUAAGAAAUUUCAAAAUAAAAUGUUAAAUCUGUAGACAUGCUAGUGCUGAAACGUAUCCAUGCCUUGUUUAGAUGUCCUAUUUUACAAUGUGCAUAAUAUGCAUAGUUAUUACCCUGUUCCAGUUUAAUGAUUCACCAAAUUUUACUAGCAUUUGAUAAAAUGCAUUAUGCAAAACUGACAUUUUUGAUGCGUUCACAACUGGAUUGUAAUUCUGACAAAGCUACUAAUAAUACCAAUCAGUACAUUGUUUUGUUUUCAAU